CAUCAUAGAACUUCUCUGUCGCAGAGAACAAGCAGCAACAACAACAUCAAAAUACAAAGACACGGAAGAAGAAGAGAAGCAAAUGCCUAGUAUCCGGAAAAUGGAAGGAUUUAAGAAGGAAGAAAUAAGAAAAGGGCCAUGGAAAGCAGAAGAAGAUGAAGUGCUGAUUAUGCAUGUUAAAAAAUAUGGUCCUAGAGAUUGGAGCUCUAUUCGGUCCAAAGGCCUUUUACAACGAACUGGCAAAUCUUGUCGUCUUCGUUGGGUUAAUAAGCUUAGACCCAACUUGAAACACGGGUGCAAGUUUUCAGCCGAGGAAGAGAGGGUGGUGAUAGAUUUGCAGGCAGAAUUUGGGAACAAAUGGGCUAGAAUCGCCACGUAUUUGCCUGGAAGGACUGAUAAUGACGUGAAGAAUUUCUGGAGUAGUAGACAGAAGAGGCUGGCUAGGAUUUUGCAGACUUCAGGAACACCUUCCUCUUCUAAUUCCAGGCCACAGAAGAGUAAAUAUGAAGUUCCCGUCUUUCAAGAUGUUCCCACUUUGGAGGCUCCAAUGUUCAGUUCUUCAAUGGAGGAAGAGUCAUCCUCGAAGGCUUGUUCAUCAUCCUACUUGGAUAACCCUGAACAUAUAAGAAUGAUGCCAUUACCGUCUCUGGUUAAGACUGAUUUUCCAGACGGUUAUGCAAAUCUUGGUCAGUAUGAGCCCCUGUCAACGAUUCCCUUCCCUCAGAUCCCACAGCCCCAACCAGGCCUUUUAUUCUCACCAGAAAGCCAUGAGCUCCUGGCUAGGCUGGAUGACCCUUACUUUCUCAAUGUGCUUGGAACCGCAGAUGCUCCUGAACUUGGAGAUGCAGCACAAUUUUCACUUGGGCCUCCAUUGUUUGAUCCAGUAUCAAGUUGUAUGAAUAGUGCAACGGAUGUGAAGAAUCAUGUGACCCCAGAUACCCUCUUCGAUGAGUUUCCAUCAGACAUGUUUGAUCAUAUUGAACCGCUUCCAAGUCCUUCAGAGUGGUGAAGGAUUGAUCACAAGGCUGUUUUUAUGUGGGUGUAGAAGGAUGACCUCUUGAAUAGUUUCUCUGGGCGAAAAAUUUGGCAUGUCUGUCAUGAGAUUGUUGUUCAAUUGACUUCUAUUCUUUGCACUAACCUUCAGAACUAUACAUGUGAUCUCUCUCUCUCACACACACACACUUAUACAGAUAUGAAAAUGGCUGCUAAUCAUGAAAUUCCAGCCCAUCUGUGCUUAGUUUUAGUAUCUUGAUCAUUUUACUUGUUCAUUUAUUUUAUUUAUUUAUUGGCUGUUCACUGAUUCACGGAUCCUGAGGUAAAGUGCAGGUGUUGCCUCGCGGGGCAGAGCAUCACCUUGUCUCUUUCACUCGCUUUCACUCAGUUAUACCAGCAUCAACAUCCGACU